CACCAGCAAGCGCCCGUACCGGGUGGAAAGAGCUUGGAGCCAGCAGUCGCAACCAAGAGCGUACGCUGGUCCACCGUCACCGUCUACGAGUUCGGCGUGGGCAUCGGCGGCAGCGCAGUGCCUCGACGCGGUGGUCCAGCGGUGGGGCUGGCUCGAACCCCGCAAUGUGUGUGGAGGACUUCAGUGAACGCGGCGCAGCAUCAGCGGGAGAACACAGGCGGGGGACAGGCAGGAAACCGCAGGACGACAUCGGCGGAGACGCGUGCGCUGGUUCAAGCCGCUGGAGCGCAUCACGAUGCUGGAGAAGGCAGGCUACAGCGAGGAGCGAAUUUUCCGCUCAAUGCUCAUGGAGUCGUCCAGCAUCGCCCAGUCGCGACGGCUCUGUCUGCGUGUCGAGUGUGUGGCCUAAGUUGCAUUUUGCACGUGUCGACAACGACCGAG